GCAGUGCUAAAGUCAUCAGUAUCAUUCUAAUUCUCAUAUUCAGUGGAUUCAUUUCAUCAAUCACUUUGCCUUUCUCAUCAUAAUCACCAAAAUGCCAACCAUGAAUCCAGUUCGUUUCAAAUACAUGCAAGCCAUAAUAAUAUUUAUGAUGUUGCAGGUUCUUGUUUCUGCUCAAGACCAUAUUAUGUGCAUUCAGACUGAGAGGGAAGCACUCCUCCAAUUCAAGGCUGCACUUCUGGAUCACUUUGGCAUGCUCUCUUCUUGGACCACUUCUGAUUGCUGCCAAUGGCAAGGGAUUCGCUGCUCCAACCUCACCGCCCAUGUCCUAAUGCUCGACCUUCACGGUGAUCUGUUUAAUGAUGUCCCGCAACGUUAUAUGAGCGGAGAGAUCCACAACUCAAGGGUAGGCAAAUCAUGUAUUCUCGAUAGUCAUCGUGAACUAGGAUUGGUAGAGUGUGAGAGUCUCGAAACUCAUUAUCUUUCUUGAACCGUCCGAUGUUCGAAAAAGAGUCGACCAUGUGAUCAGUCACGUCUCCUUGUGUUUGUUUGUUCUUUUCAAUUUGUCAUUAGUGUCUCCUAUGAUAUUAUUCUACUCCAAAUAGUAUGUCAUUCACAUUCUAUUAUAGUUGAGAUGUCACUCUCGUGAGAAGACUUACUUAUGUAAUACUAUCAUUGAGUAAACGAGGAUCACCGGAUUUAAUAGUUAAGUGCAGAGGAGUCUUGUGAUCAGAGUAACAGAAAAAGAGUUUCAACUAGACACACAUCUUGAUAUUGAGAAUCA